AUGAGCAAUGAUAUCGAGAUGAAUAAUAUUGUUAUUUACAACGAUGAAAAGAUGGGUAAUGAAAAUGAUUUCUCAAAGGCACUGAAAGAACUGUUGAAAGCAUUCUCUUCGAUCACAAGUUCUGGCGAGCAUGACAAGCACCUACAAGAAUGCAUUCAUAAUUGGUUUUCUCAACACCAAGAAUUCACCGAGAUUCAAAUCUUUGAGGACCUAAAACAGAUGGGCGACGAACUAGGAAAAUGUGAUUUGGCAGAUGUGCUUUUACACGGCAUAGGAACUAAUGCUGAUGUUCACCGCGCAUUGAAGUUGUAUCUGGAGGCGAAAAAUUUGGGAUGUAUGCAAAUAGAGCAACAUAUUCGUAAAAUCUUUCUUAAGCUUCAUUAG